AUGGCAUCUUCUUCUCAUUAUCACUACCAUAACGAUGACGAUGAUGAAGAUUAUGUUAAUGAUUACGUUGAAGAUUAUGUUAAUGAUUACGUUCAAAACUUUGAUGAAGAACCAAAAGAGCGGAAGCAACAGUGUGCGACACGUAUUGCGGAAGACAAUGUUGAGGCGACAUUGAACACCAUGAGUCACGAGCCGAGGUUGCUCCGGCCGACCAACCAAACACUUGUCGAAGCAUCUGCUGUCGUUGACCUCAUCCACCGGACCUGCCUCCUCAUCCACCGGACCGGUACAAAGUUUGGUUUUGAGGAUCAAGGAAAGAAGAUCGUAGGGUUUCAUGGACGGUCGGGUGAUGCUCUCGACGCUCUUGGAGUUUACUUUGUGCAUGACUCUCUCACCACGUCGUUGCCUCCUCUUUAUAAGCUGGAUGCUCAAGGUGGUACAGAGGGACUUAUUUGGGAUGAUGGCUCUUACGACGCCGUUAAAACGCUGCGCAUCUGUCAAGAUGAUUGUCGUAUUGCAUAUUUAGAGUUCGAGUACGACAAAGGUGGCAAGUCAGAGAAAUUUCAACAUGGGGUGAAAGGGGGAACACCAGCCGAGUUUGUGCUUGAUUACCCGGAUGAAUACAUCAAAACGGUGGAAGCAACCUAUGAUAAGCCAAAACUUUUUCAAAAUACUGUCAUCACGUCGCUUACCUUCCAAACAUCAAAGGGUAGAGCAUCAUUCUUUGGGUAUAAAGUGGGUAAGAAGUUUGUUCUUGAGCAAAAGGAUCGUCGGCUUGUUGGAUUCCAUGGGACAGAAGGUGACGCUAUUGAUGCUCUAGGAGCAUAUUUUGCACCUAUUCCUGCUCCAACACCUUUGAUUCCAGCCAAGAAACUACCAUCCGUACGUAGGCGGCAACGGAGGAGUUACAUGGGAUGAUGGUGUUUACGACGAUGUAAAGAAAAUUUACGUAGGGCAAGGUAACGAUGGUGUAUCAUUUGUCAAGUUUGAGUACAUUAAAGGCACAAGCUUGGUUACUGGAGAUGAUCAUGGGAAGAUGACAUUACUUGGAGCUGAAGAGUUUGUUCUUGAGGAUGGUGAAUAUCUCACGGCCUUGGUAGGCUACUACGAUAAGAUAUUCGGAGUGGAGGAGCCAGUAAUUAUCUCACUUCAGUUCAAGACGAACAAAAGGGAGUCAAGUCAGUUUGGAAUUAAUGGAUUCCGGUGAGAAGUUCACUCUUGGGGAGAAUGGCCAGAAGAUCGUCGGGUUCCAUGGACAAGCUAGUGAUGUUAUCCACAGUGUUGGAGUCACUGUUGUGCCCAUCACCACCGAGUGAAAAAAACCCGGAUAUUAUCUUAAUAAAACCAGCCACUCAGCCAGUCAUGUGGGUUGAAUAAAACUUUUAAUAAAGCUGGUGUGUGUUCUCUUUAUUUUGCCACGGUCGUAGUUGUUUAUUAUAUUCAGAAAAAAUUGCAAGACGUUUUAUUUUGUUUCUUGAAACUAAAUCUAUACAUAUAUAAUUUUACUUUCUAACCAGUUA